GAUAGAAGGUUGGCUCCAGGCUGCCUCCCUCAUCUCCUUCGCACUGCCUGGAGGCGGAGGCCCGGGUUCCCAGCUGGCCUCUGCAGGAGUAAGGUGCUCCUGCCAUGGAACCCGUGGCAUCGGAACUGAAGGCAGCAGCUCCUCGCUUCCCAUCCGGACGGCCUACCGGUGCACCUCCCCUAACCGGAAAUGGUCUGCCAGCAACCUUGCCGCCGCCUCCUCACAGGAAGGCCUCGAUGGGCAGUUGAGAGCCAGCGUAGCGAGUCUGGUCCCGUUUCCAGCUCCCGGUGCUAUGGCUCACGUCGGCUCUCGCAAGCGCAAGCGCUCCAGAAGCCGCAGCCGGUCCCGGGGUCGAGGGUCAGAAAAGAGAAGGAAGAAAGGCAGUAAGGACGUUUGGAGAAACUACACCACAUCUGGAUCCCAAGGUCGCAGGGCCAGCACCGCCUCCGGGGCGGAGGCCUCACCUUCUCCCUGCAUCACAGAGAGAAGCAUGCACAAGGCCCGGAGGAGACCACGAUCCAGCUCCUCCUCCUGUUCUUCUAGUUCUUCUAGCUCCUCUUCUUCCUCCUCGUCCUCCUCCUCUUCCUCCAGUGAUGGCCGGAAAAAGCGGGGGAAACACAAGGACAAGAAAAGGAAAAGGAAGAGAAAGAAGAAGAAGAAGUUGAGGAAGAAAGGCAAAGAGAAGGUGGAGGUGCAGCAGGCCGAGGCUCUGCCCGGCCCCUCGCUGGACCAGUGGCACAGAUCAGCCGGGGAGGAAGACGGUGGCCCAGUCCUGACCGACGAGCAGAAGUCCCGCGUCCAGGCCAUGAAGCCCAUGACCAAGGAGGAGUGGGAUGCUCGGCAGAGUGUCAUCCGCAGGGUGGUGGACCCCGAGACGGGACGCACCAGGCUCAUUAAGGGAGACGGGGAGGUCUUGGAGGAAAUUGUAACCAAAGAACGCCACAGAGCGAUCAAUAAGCAAGCCACCCGUGGGGACGGCCUGGCAUUCCAGAUGCGAGCUGGGUUGCUUCCCUGAGGCCCCACUGGCCACGGCCUUGGAACUGGCCAUGGACGGAGGCAGGGAGCUGGUGGCCUGUGGUGGGGUCCCUGGCCUCGGUGCCCGCAUCUGAAAGUGUGCUGGCCCUGGCAUUAAACAUCGCUUGGCCACAGACCUACUUCCUGUUGUGUUGCUGCAUUUGUGCUGAGGGCGCUGCUUACCUUCUAGGGAGGAGUGGGCUCCAGCAGCUUUGCGGGGAGCUGCGGUGUCCACUGUGACAACGAGCCAGCCCAAGCCCUAUCUCAGCCCCAAGGGGACAAGGAUCAUGCAGACAGGAGCCUGGGCCGGGGUUAUCAUGGCCCCCACUACUGGCUGGGUUGCUUGAAAAGUGGAGAGGUCACAGAGCCACCUCCUGGGCCAUGCCUGGGAAAAGGCAGUCAGCUCACACAAGUGGCCUGACCUCACUGUGUGCAGCGCCUCAGGGACUCGCCCCCCACUCCCACAGGAGCCCCACAGUAAAGAGACCAGAAGGAAGCCUUCCUGCUUCUUUAAUCCGUGUAACAGACAGUGACACCGAAUACAGAGCACACUUAGGCCGAUGGUACAGGGACAGCAGGGCGGGGUCAGAACACUGCUCACACGUGGCCCAGAGAGACAGACAGCACAAGGACAGAUGGGAGGGGCCAAGAUGUGAAGACUGCAUGGUGGGCAGCAAAGACCCAGCCCCCGUGGGGCCGGGUCUCGGUUGAAUCCGUCUUUAAAAA